GAUAUCUACAAUGUGCUGGGCUUCCGCUAGGAAGCUGUCAGCUUUAUCGGUGUUUACCAUCGUCCUGUUUGUUACAGCGGUUCACGCCAGGCGUCAUCAUUUGGAAGUGCGGGAUGACUUCAGGCGCUACAUUCUACUUAGCACGUUCGGCUUCUAUGCCGGCGGUGUGCUGGAUGUUCAAGUAUCUCAGUUUCGAGUGGAUCAUGGAACAGAAAGCAAUUUGUUUGGGCUGUCGCUGGACAAAACGAUGUCCGACUCGAUGAACCCGUAUCUUGAUUCGCAUCAGGAUAAGUGCAUCCUUACCGAACCGGUAACUGCACAGAGCAAUGGACCGAUCGUGUUCUUCAAGAUGGAUUUAAACCAAAAUGUGGUUAAUGUAAGCUGUUCGAAAGAUUGGCAUAACAUACACUUGUACAAGGAUCGUAGUAGAGUGCCUGCGCUACGUUCGAAACGUGAAUCGUUCGCGAAGAUGAGUGACUCGAAGCUAGUUUACAUGCAGCGUCGACGACGCCGUGGGAUUCUCGAGGACUCUAUCGCUGCCGAUGGUAGUAGCGUUGAUGCACCGGUCGGAAGGGAAACAGACGGUGAAAGUGCAGCAAUAAUUUGCAGCAAGCUGACAUUGCCACUGGAGGUUAAACACGUCGAUGUAUUUAAGUAUUACAGCUUCAAUUUUGCUAUUUACGUGGCUACCAAGCAAGAGGAGGGACUGUACAACCUAUACUUUCACAGCUGCCCGAACUACGCUCCCAGCACAUUAUAUGAGCUUAAUUUUGAUGUAGACAUAGAGGAGAAGAACAGCGGAAAUUAUCUUUCGGCUGGAGAAAUGCCGCUACCGGCGCUCUACUUUAUGAUGUCGGUACUGUUCUUUCUUUCGGGCCUGUUUUGGGUGUUCAUCUUGCGAAAGAGCAAGCAUCCACUGUUCAAGAUCCAUUACUUGAUGGGCGUGUUGGUGUUUUUAAAAUCACUGUCGCUUAUGUUCCACGCUAUCAAUUAUCACUUCAUCGAGGUGCAAGGCCAACAUGUGGAAGCGUGGGCUAUUCUAUACUACAUCACACACCUACUGAAGGGUGCGGUGUUAAUAAUCACGAUUGUUCUCAUUGGCACCGGAUGGACGUUCAUUAAACACAUUUUGGCCGACAAGGACAAAAAGCUGUUUAUGAUUGUUAUACCACUGCAGGUGCUCGCGAACGUUUCUGAAAUAAUAAUCGCAGAAAGCGAUGAAGGUGACAAGGAAUACAACACCUGGACAGAUAUCUUAAUGUUGGUAGAUCUGUUGUGCUGUGGAGCGAUUCUGUUUCCGGUCGUGUGGUCUAUUCGCCACCUGCAGGAAGCCGCAGGUACCGAUGGUAAGGCGGCCAUCAAUCUGCGCAAACUCAAACUGUUCCGCCAAUUCUACAUCAUGAUUGUUUGCUACAUUUAUUUCACACGCAUCAUUAUUAUCUUACUGAAGAUUACGGUGGCUUUUCAAUACGCUUGGCUGGAUGAGAUGUUCAAACAGAUGGCAACAUACGUGUUCUUUGUUCUGACCGGCUACAAGUUCCGACCGGUAUCUCAACAUCCUUAUUUCUCUGUUCAAGACGAAGAACUCGAUGACGACGACGGCGAUGAUGACGAAGAGGUAGAAAUCCUCACUCAAUCCAGUUUAGGCGAGAGCAUUGGGAAGGUGACGAAUCGUGCACAACCAUUGUCGGCUGCGAUGACUGUUGCAACGUUUGUUGAAUCACAUGAUGAAGAGCGUGAAAAUUUAAUUAGUAAAAGAGAAUCAUCCCAUGAGUACGAUUAAACGGGUACGCCGAUUAGUUGCAGGUACGAACGUUCUAGAUAUGAAAGAGCUCCAAGAGCGGUCGCACAUUUGCUAUCGAUCUGUUGUUCUUAGGCAAUCAUUAUUUUCUUUGUUUCUGCAUAUGCUGCGUUAGUCAAUUGUCGUGCAGCAUAGACGCAAAUGCAUACUGUUCAAAUGCCAAACGGACGCGUAGAAAAUGGAUAAGGAAGUGCAUAGGUGGUGCAAAGUCAUCAGGAAAAUUGCUUUAUAAUGAAACCAUACUGUUUUUGGCAAACUUAUAUACUAUCAUAGUCAUACAUUCAUUGGAAUAUGUGAACAAAGGUUAAGAUGUUUUUGCUUCUACUCUUACUUGUUCUUUUACUUUUAUAAAACUAAUACAAACAAUUUACAAAGUUUUAAUCGUAACCGCCGGCACACUUUUCUACCUUUUCGCUGCGCUUUGUGUUCAACGUUCAGAAUUCCAGGAAGUCGGUACGGCAAACAGGACCUCUUUCUUGACAAGCAAGUCCUUUGUAGAAAUAUUUGAGGUGUAUGUCUUUGUGAUAAUACCAGUCAAACAGCCGGUUCUGUCAGACACCUUAGCAUCAUUUAUAGUUAUUUAAACUAAGGAUCAGUUUUUAAUUAUCCCGUUUCCUCGGACACCAUACAGAAAGCGACGAAACUAAUGCAAGUACUUUCAGUGCGGACUUUUUUAUCCAACAACAAAUAAGUUUUCAAUGAGUAACCUUAAGAAAAAAAAGGAACGAGGAAGCAGCAGUAAAAUAAAAAAAACGGAUUUAGCAUUUUUCCAUUGUAUGUGUAGUGCCGCUAAAUGCCACGGUCAUUGGUUCACUAUGCUUCACGUAGGUUUCAAAAGAGUUGACGACUACUGCAAUUAGAGAGAGAUUUGUGCAGGAUGGGAAACUGUUAAACUGAAAGCAACCGGUCAUGAGUCGUUCCGAUAUUGCGUGCAGUCUAUACGAAUGAAACUGCGUAGAUGUGAAAAUAAAAACUGUGAAAGAAAGAACUUAUAACACCAUCGCCACAACCACUGUCUAGCGCCACUGUGUCUAACUUGAGCGCAAGCAAAUAA